GGUACAAAAGGGGCGCGUCGAGCCUGGCUUGUCCCAGAUUUUACCUGCACUGCGAAGACUGAAGUAGCUCCAACUCGUUACAACUGUUUUUGUCGUCUGCUGAGACUCAGAGGAUCGGAGAGGAUGAAUACCUACAUGUUUCUGGCCGUGCUGGUGUCGGCCGCGUUCGGCUGUGCCCUUGCCGACAUGACCAUGCAGGGGGGAAUGAACUACCUGAUGAAUUUCGGCUACAUGGCCCCACCGUCCAUGCAGACGGGCCAGCUGCAGAGUGAGGACUCCAUGAGGGAAGCCAUUUCUAUGUUCCAGGAAUUCGCAAACAUUACAGUGACAGGUCAGCUAGACGCGGAAACCAUGGCAAUGAUGGAGAUGCCCCGGUGCGGCGUGCCGGACAUGAUGGGCACCAACUCCCCCGGGAUGGCCCGCCGCCGCCGCCGCUACGCGCUCCAGGGCAGCACCUGGCCCAAGCGGGACCUGACCUGGAGUCUCGCCGAUGCCGACUACACACCGGACCUGGGCAAAGACGACGUCGAUGAGGCCAUCACGCGAGCCUUUCAGCUGUGGCAGGAGCAAACUCCCCUGACGUUUACCAGAGUGACCAACCGAGCUGACAUCGUCAUCAAAUUCGCGCCCAUCGAGCACGGGGACGGCGCGCCUUUCGACGGCCCUGGGGGCACGCUGGCGCAUGCGUUCUUCCCUCAGUUUGGGGGCGACGCCCACUUCGACGAGUCGGAACAGUGGACAGUCAGAACUUCCUCAGGAACCAACCUGUUACAAGUAGCAGCUCACGAGUUCGGCCACUCCCUGGGUCUGUCCCACUCCGAAAUCUCUGACGCCCUCAUGGCACCCUUCUACCGAGGCUUCGAGCCCAACCUGGUGCUCCACUCUGACGAUAUCGCAGGGAUCCAGAUGUUGUAUGGUAUGCCAGAUAUGGAGCGCCCCACCCCGCGACCCGACGCUGGCAUGACACCCAACCCGAACCCGAACCCUGACGUCCCUGACACCUGCAGCGGAGAGUUGGACGCUAUCACCAUCACAGAGGACGGAAAGACAUACGCCUUCAGAGGGAACUACUUCUGGGAGCUGAGCUCCGCCGGGAUGGUUGACGGCUAUCCUAAGCUUAUCUCCGAGGUGUGGGGCGAUCUUCCCGGGGACUUGGAUGCAGCUGUGUACUACAGAGUGAACAAGAAAAUCUACUUCUUCAAGGGUGACCAGUACUGGCGUUACACCAACACCCAGCCGGACACCGGCUACCCCCGAGCCAUCAGCCAGUGGAGAGGCGUUCCCAACGACGUCGACACCGCCUUUAUCUGGUCUGGGAACGGCAGGCUCUACUUUACCAAAGAUGACCAAUACUACCGGUACAGGGCCGGGACGGGUGUGGACAGGGGCUACCCACGUGACCUGUCGGUGUGGAACGGUGUGCCCGCUGAUGGCGUGGACACGGUUAUGCAGUGGGUCAACGGGAGGACAUACUUCUUCAAGGGCAGCCAGUAUUGGCGUUUCAACGACACGACCUUCAGUGUGGACCCCGGUUACCCGAAGUCCACCGGGCAGUACUGGUUCGGGUGUAUGAUGGAGAUGGAGGAGACCACGCCCAAACUGCCGCCCUGUGACCUGCAGGGCAUCAACAGCGGAGUCAACGUGGUGCCUACUGUAGUCUUACCUUCACUUCUGUCAGUGUUAGUAGCGAAACUCCUGCUCUUUUGAGCAGACUUCUCAUUUAUAGUGUCGGAGAAAGGAGCUUUUGUUGGUAGUCCAAGAAUAGACCGUUUGUAAAUUCAAAUGAUGUUGUAGUCGCACAAACUAAAAUUGAUAAUGAUUAGUGUUUUUUUUCUAAGUUUGUAUAUAGACAGUAUGUUUCAAUAAGCUCUUAAGUUACAAUAAGCGACACGCGCACAAAUUAGUUUAACUCCCAGGAAGAUCUAGUGAUAGAGUAUGGAAAUGUGCUCCAGAAUCAUGUUCGUGAAGGCGAUGUAAUUAUAAAUAAUAACUGUCUGUUUUGACUGAUUACUACUUGGAGUUUCUUGUUGGCAUUUAGGGGUAGAGUAAACAGUAACGUAGAUGUAGAUGCCACGCUGGUCGUGGUGAUGUCCCAUUGUGUAACAUAAAGGUUUUAGUAUUCACUUUUUAAACUUCUGGUGUAUUUUUCACUUUGUAAAAAUGUGGUUUCUUUCUCAUUCAAGUGCAGGACGCAUGGAUUUCCUUUUUACGACAUGACUAACAGUUGUCAGGUGUAUAAUAGGUAUUUUCAUGUUACUUUUUGCAAAUAAAAUGCUUGUUCAAAGAAA